AUGAACGAUCUUGUUCAACAGCUACCAAAAGGUGUACGCACAGCCCUUUAUGCAGACGAUCUUGUUCUCUGGUGCUCAGAGGAAUAUACAACCACAGCAAAAUACAGAAUACAAACUGCUUUAGACAGGGUAGUGACAUGGGCUGAGCAAUGGUGUGUUACAAUCAACAGAGAAAAAACAACUGGAACUCUGUUCUCACUCUCCCAGAAAAACCAAUCUGUACAGCUUAAUCUGGGCAGCACAUCACUAGAGAUUGAAGACCAACAAACAUAUCUUGGAGUAACCUUUGAUAAAAGAAUGACAUGGAAGCAGCAUAUAACAUCAGCUGAAGCAAAAGCAAGAAGAAAACUAAGCAUCAUGAGGAAAUUGGCAGGAACAAAUUGGGGUGCCAAUGAAAAAAUAUUAAAAUCAGUUUACCAGGGGAAUGUUCGUCCACAUCUCGAAUAUGGAUCUACCUCAUGGAUGACAGCAGCAAAAACCCACCUACAGACCUUAGACAAAGUACAGAACCAGGCACUACGAAUCAUCACAGGUGCCAUGAAGUCAACCCCAAUACAUAGUAGUAUGGAGGAGAUAACAAACAUAACUCCGCUAAGUAAGAGAAGAGAGUGCAAUGCAAUGUUACAAGCCGCAAAAUACUGCUGUACUGAAGAUCACCCAAUGAAUAAUAGACUAACGCAACUCUCAUCAGGCAGACUGAAAAGAUCAAGUUUUGUAUUAGAGACAAGAGCUUUACAAAGAGAACAUCAUGAAUCGCUACCAAAGCAAGUCAAACCUAUAGCCUUUUCUGUAAAUGACUACCCUACUGAAGAUAAACUGAGAAAUGUCAGCAUUCAGACAUCAGUACCAAACAUCACAUCCAAAGAUGAACAAUCUGAUAUUGUAAAGAAAACUCACACUAUGACCAUGCUAGAAGAACAGUACCCCUCUGAAUUUUGGAUAAGAGUAUUCACGGACGGAUCAGCCACAAAUGCAAUAAAAAACGGAGGGGCUGGUAUAUACAUCCAAUAUCCAAAUGGAGAGCGACAAUCUGAAGCAAUACCAACAGGCUUGCAUUGUUCCAACUAUAAAGCUGAAGAAAAAGCCAUCAGUCAUGCUGCACAUACCAUCACAGACAAAGUCAAUAUCACAACUCCAGUUGUUUUCCUUACAGAUGCUCUGUCUGUAUUACAGGGAUUGACAAACAACAAGCUACCAUCACUAGAACAGGCGCUAUUUAACAUUAAAAGUCGCAUAACAGUGCUACAAUGGAUCCCUUCGCACUGUGGAGUCUAUGGUAAUGAACAAGCUGACAUUCUCGCAAAACAAGGUGCUGGACAACAACAGGAGGAAAACCCAGUCUGCCUUGCAGAGAUGAAAACCAUAAUAAAAUCUCUGUACAGAAAAUCCAACCAUCAAGACAGUUACCACCAUCUGUCGAGACCUGAACAAACUGUCAUAUUCAGACUGGGGACAGGACACAAUAGACUAAACAAACAUCUGAACAGAGUGAUGAAAGUGGUACCAUCCCCAAUGUGUCCCUGUGGUGAGGCAGAACAAGAUACAACACAUAUUCUAGACAUGCAAGAACCAUCAGGCAUUGAGACAAAGGAUAUGGCCAUUACCAACAACCAUCCAGGAAAAGCUAUUUGGAACAGUGGAGGACUUACAGAAGACCACCAGAUUCGUAGAGGAAGCAGAAAUCCAAGUGUAGAGGCGAACGACAAGAAGAAGAAGAACAUUCUAUCAAUUUUCAGUGAUCAUUAA